AUGACGGACUACAUCGCUGAAUAUCUUGAAAACAUACGAGACCGUCAAGUGGUUCCUUCUGUCAAGCCUGGCUACCUAAGGCCUCUAGUGCCAGAACAAGCGCCCGAAAAACCAGAACCCUGGACAGCGGUGAUGGCUGAUAUCGAACGAGUGGUGAUGUCAGGAGUGACGCACUGGCAUUCGCCCAGAUUCCAUGCUUACUUUCCAACUGCGAACUCUUACCCUUCCAUCGUAGCUGAUAUGUUGAGCGGAGCGAUCGCUUGCAUUGGCUUUACUUGGAUCGCAAGUCCUGCCUGCACGGAACUCGAAGUCGUCAUGCUUGAUUGGCUGGGUCAGAUGCUCGGUCUUCCGGAGGAAUUCCUGGCGCGCUCUGGGGGGGAAGCUGGCGGUGUUAUCCAGGGGACAGCCAGUGAAGCUACGCUCGUUGCCCUGCUGGGGGCAAAAUCAAGAACAAUUCAUCGUAUUAAAGAGAAACAUCCCGAGUGGACCGACGUUGAGAUUAUGUCUAAACUCGUCGGAUACUGUAACAAACAAGCUCAUUCUUCUGUUGAACGCGCUGGUUUACUCGGCGGCGUGAAACUGCGAUCCCUAAAUCCCGAUAACAAGAGGAGGUUAAGAGGUGAAACAUUGCGGGAAGCGAUAAAAGAAGAUAUAUACAAUGGCCUUAUACCUUUUUAUGUCGUGGCUACACUUGGGACCACAUCAACUUGCGCUUUUGAUGUAUUGGAUGAAAUCGGUGACGUUUGCCGUGAACAUGACGUUUGGCUACACAUAGAUGCCGCGUAUGCUGGAUCAUCAUUUAUUUGUCCCGAGAACAGAUACUUAAUGAAAGGCGUAGAAAAAGCGGACUCAUUUAAUUUUAACCCCCACAAGUGGUUACUCGUAAACUUUGACUGUUCCGCGAUGUGGCUAAAACAACCUCGCUGGAUUGUCGAUGCGUUCAAUGUCGAUCCACUCUACUUGAAACACGACCAACAAGGGUCGGCGCCUGAUUAUCGACACUGGCAAAUCCCUCUCGGUCGGCGUUUUAGAUCGCUGAAACUGUGGUUCGUGCUGCGAUUGUAUGGAAUUGAGAAUCUUCAGAAAUACAUUCGUAAGCACAUCUCGCUUGCACACUUCUUCGAAAAAAUCUGCCAGGAAGACAGCCGAUUCGAAGUAGUCGAAGAAGUUCUUAUGGGUCUCGUGUGUUUCAGGCUCAAAGGUAAUAAUGAAAUUAACGAAGCUUUGCUAAGACGUAUCAACGGGCGCGGUAAGAUCCAUUUAGUCCCAUCAAAGAUUGAUGAUUCAUAUUUUCUAAGAUUCGCUAUUUGCUCUCGCUUUUCUGAGGAGGCCGACAUUCGCGAGUCUUGGGAGGAAAUACAAGCAUCAGCUAAUGAUGUUCUUGCCGAAAUAAAAUAA